UCGCAUGGGCUUGCAAGGAUGCAGGCAAAUCGGUGAAAAUAUCGUGCUACGCUUAUUGAUACCUUUAUGAUCGCUAAUAAUAAUUUUCAAAGUUAUCUGAGUUGAAGUAUUUAAUAUUACGCGACGAAACCUAACGCGCUAUGUGAGGUUUCCAAGUCGCUUUGGUUCCGAUCAAUUCGGACAACGUAUUCAGUGAAGAAAAGUCACAAAGCCAGGCUUGGAACAGCAAAGAAAAAAUUCCAUUUAUUCGCUACGCUAAACAUUUAGGAUAUAAAUAUGUCAGAUAAAGAAUCAAACGACGAGAUCGAGGUGAUAUCCGAGAGAUUGCAGGUCGCCACGACCAUAGAUUCCGCGCACAAUAACGUGCAACAACAACAGGGAAAAGGCUCGCGGAAAAACAGUAAUAAUGUUCAACCUGGGGACGUCAGAAAGUCUUGCUCCGCUAUCACUAAGACUACCACUACCACGCUGGACAAUUGUGUCCUGGUGAGGAAUAUUCCCGAGCUCAAUCUGCCCGAAAAGAUUAUUUUUGUUAUUGAUACAGUCCGAGAGCAGCAAUGCACGCCUUUCAAGCUUGGCACUGGAGCGACGUUCUCACCAUUGUACAUGAUAAGACGCGUUGUCGAGAGCUUUGUUGGUGCAAAAUCAACAAUACAACCCGGAGUACACGAGUACGCCCUGAUGAGUCUGGGUUCGCAGGGUGCGUCAUGGCUCUGCGACUAUACCAGCAACAUUAAGACAGUGGUCAAUCACCUGGAGAGCAUCACGGAGGAUGUGCUGGACGAGGAGCAAAAGACCUACGAUCUAGGACAGUUGUUCGAGGCGAUACACGCGCGAAUAGCGAUACCAGCGAUGAAUCAGCCAAUUUUCGUCUCGCGUGUCAUCUUGAUCUAUGGACGAUCAAACUCUAUUCCCAAGUUUCAUACUGGUCACAAGUAUCUGGAAAAUUUGACAGGAAAUCCGUGUUUCUUCUUGGACGUGCUAUUCGUUCACGAACCAGCCAGCGAUGAUAAUAUGUGCGAGGCGGUAUACGCCGAAAUCGCGGCUCUAGAUACUACAAGUUAUUCUUAUAUCUUAGAAGUCGGCAGAAAUCCUGCUAAGCUGCACGAUAAUAUGGCAAAACUCUUGGCGCAUCCGCUGCAACGUCCACUGCAGAAAGAUGCUUUUUAUAGUUUUAUUUCAAAUACAGCACAGGAAGUGCAUACUAAUGUAUAGAAUGCUGUGUAUAUUUGCAUUAUUUAUUUUCAUUGAAAGGACAUCACUUUGUUGCUGUGAUUUGUAUUACAUCUUAUAUUAUCACAUCUUGAACAAAGAUUUCAAAACUUUGUGAUACAACGCUUUGCUGUUAAAGCGGAAAGCUUUUCAAGUAAAGGUGCGCCCGCAGAUUUGACAGAAAAAUGGCCUUAUUCUGGAAUGCGUUUGUUGAUGUCUGAUGAGAUUAGAUGCAUAUGAGAAUUUUUGUUGAUAUUCGUUACAUGUGUAAGACUGGUCGCCAGUAUGUUUCCUCUUGUGCUUAUUGAGAACUCCUGUGUGAAUUGAACUUCUGACAGAAGUCGCACGUCAAUUGGCAUAGUUUUCUUCUUGUCCCUCCAGCAUUUUCGUCCAAUUGCGAAGUAGCGGUACCAAUGUGUUCUCCGUAUACGCGAAGCUUCAAUUACAAACACCAAUUUUCGCGGCUUUUCCGGAUUGUAUAUUCUUGUAGGAAAUUACGUGAUAAUAUGGAUUAUACUUUGCAUUUAAAGAGUUUCAUUGACUUGCGACUUUUCUGUCAUCUCUAAAUUGCCAAUUGAAUUGCCUGUUGGAGUUUUUGUAUCAACUUUUCUGACGGUUAUUAUCUCAAGAAGUAAAAAAUCAGGAAAAUUCUUCUUGAGAUCUUUGAGAAUUUAGUGAUAGGAGGAGAACAAACUGUGUUCAAAAUCUCUAAAUAUAGAUAAA